GGGAUUGGUGGAAUAGAUUCCAUAUAGGUAAAUCGAAGAUGGACGCUAGUAAUAGUUUCAUUUGCAUUAAAUUUUCAUAAUAUUUACAAGUAACCUUGUGAUAUAAAAAACGAAAAUCGGAUCAAUAGCCAGUGAUUACUUGUAAAAGUUAAAUGAAAAAUUCGAGUGUUACGAUGUGUUUGCACGAAGUCAUUAUUUAGCGGUGUGAAAAAUUCUACUUCAUUUUUUUUUGUUUAGUUUUUGCGUCCAUUCAUUGAUAAGUUGAACAAUAAAAAGAACGAAAAAUAAGAAAGGAACAUAAAUAACAAAACGAUCAUUCAUUCAUCAUAUUGUCCGUAUCCUGCAUUGAUUGAAUGUGCAUAUUUCAACUAUUGGCUCGAGUUCGCGAAGCAGCAUAAAACCCAUUAAUGUUAUUGUAAGCAUUUGGAACAUUGGAGUGUUCCCAUUGGUUUUGAUUCCGUCAACAUACGAGAAUGUCGAAUAAAAUCGUUAAUCCAAAGAGGAGAGACGCGACCAACGCAUCGUCAUCAUCUAAUUCAAAUUCGUCAAAUUCUUUAUCAUCGGUCGGUGACGCUACUAUGUCAGCUGAUCUUGCAUCACUGUUCGAAUGCCCCGUUUGUUUUGACUAUGUCCUGCCGCCAAUCUUACAAUGUCAAAGUGGUCAUCUUGUGUGCUCCAGUUGCCGUUCGAAACUGACAUGUUGUCCAACAUGUCGCGGCUCACUGGGCAAUAUACGAAAUCUAGCUAUGGAAAAAGUGGCAUCUAACGUGAAAUUUCCUUGUAAACAUUCCAGUUAUGGAUGUACGGCAUCAUUACUUUACACAGAGAAAGCAGAGCAUGAAGAAACUUGUGAAUACCGACCAUACCUGUGUCCUUGUCCAGGUGCAUCGUGCAAAUGGCAGGGAGCACUGGAAUUGGUUAUGCCUCAUUUAAUGAUGUCACACAAAAGCAUCACCACAUUACAGGGUGAGGACAUUGUGUUCUUAGCGACGGACAUAAAUUUGCCGGGGGCCGUCGACUGGGUUAUGAUGCAAUCCUGUUUCGGCCAUAACUUCAUGCUGGUGUUGGAAAAACAGGAAAAAUUCGAUGGACAUCAACAGUUUUUCGCAAUUGUCCAAUUAAUCGGUUCAAGGAAAGAGGCAGAAAACUUUGCCUAUAGAUUGGAACUGAAUGGACAUCGACGUCGAUUAACUUGGGAAGCAAUGCCCAGGUCAAUCCAUGAAGGUGUCGCCAGUGCGAUAUUGAAUUCUGAUUGUUUGGUGUUUGACACAUCCAUUGCACAACUGUUUGCCGAUAACGGAAAUUUAGGCAUCAACGUAACAAUAUCAAUCGUUUGAGUACACUUAUUGAAUUGUACAAAGCAAAAAUUAUUUAACAUUUAAUUUUUAUUUCGUUGAUUAUUAUACUUCUCUAUUUGCAAGCAUGGAUGUAAAAUCAAUAAGAACCUAGUUUAAGACCACUUAUGACUUCACCACUAACCUUUAAGAUAAUAUUAAAAAUUUACUUAUCCAAUGAAUCAUGAUGACAAAAUGUAUGCUUGUGAGCGUGUUGAAGUGAUAUUAGUUUAAUUAUUUUUCCUUUUUAAAUAAAACAAUUUUUCAUUUUGA